AUUUUGAUUUAGCUAAGGAAAGACCUUUAAAAUUUGUCUAUGAUAAUAUUGUGUCACAAUUUGGGACGUGAAACAUUUUGUGGAACUAUAAACCCUGUUUAAUAACAAGUGAGCUGGACAGCUGUAAAAUCAGAUUGAUAAUGCAAUGUCCUGUUAUCAUUAACGUAGCGACAACGAAUCAUUAAUCGCCAUCUGUUAUUAAUAUUUUGCCACUAGGAUCCGGAAAAUUGUAUGGACAAAGUAUUGAGAUUGUGAGGAAAAAAAUGACCCUCAUAGAAGGUAUAGGGGAUGAAGUCGUGCAAUUUGUGGGUGUGUUGCUAGUAUUAGCUGUGGGAGCACUGGCUUGGUGGUCCACCAAUGCCCGUCCUGGUCGCUAUCGCACAGUUGUUGUCAUGCGGUCAAGAGCUCCUCACUCGGUUACUGUCAGCAUAAGAACUAGGCCUAAUUUAAUGAUAGCAAACAAUCAAGCCAGUACUUCUAGUCAAGCAUCGUCAACUUCAGAUACCAUAGCAGUAAGCACAUCAGAUGCGGUGGAGGAUACCAGAGACACUUCUAGAGUGAUACCCCUACAAGAAAUGGACAGCAUCAUUGAUGCCGACAUGGCCAUGUUAGACAAUAACAGACUGCAUUUCUACAGAAGGAUUGAUUCACCUAGCAACACGACAGAAGCUGCUGACCCAACUGGUGAUGACAGCGAAACACAAGAGGAAGCAGAACCUGCAAGCAACGCUCAGAUAAGGGAGAUGGACAGCAUCGUCAGUGCCAUGGAGGCUGAUGUCACCACUGGCUGUGAGUUCUUCACCAGACCUACUGAAAAUAAUGCAACUGCUAAAUCUGCAAAAUCAGUGAAAAAAGGAGAGAAUGUAGACAAUAAUAUACCUUCAUCUGCUUCCAAUGUAGAUAAUAAAAGAAGUGAAGAGAAUAAUGUUAAUAUAGACAGUUCAAAUAGUGACAAUGGCACUACCUCAAACACAGACAAUCCUGAAAUCAACAAUAGUCAAAUGAUUUUGAUAAAAUUGAAAUACCUCAAUGAUACUCUUAAAGAGGUAGAGGGCAGUUUGGAUGAGCCACUUAAGGAUUUCAAAUUGCGUCACUUCUCAACCGAACUGUCGUCGGAGUGUCGCGUGCGGCUCAUAUUCAACGGGCACGUGUUGCUAGACGACGCGGCCACGCUGCGCGCCUGCGGGCUGCACGACCGCGCCGUCGUCCACUGCCUCGUGCAUCCCAAGCGGACGAGCGUUCAGGCGCACAGACCAGAAGAUAGCCCAACGAACCCGGAGCUGGUCUCCGAAGGCCCGCAGCAGGAGAGGCCCUGGGAUUUAGAGAACAUCCUCAUGACGCUGGUUUCCGUCGCUCUCACCGUCGUCUGGUUUUUCAGGUGUGAAUAUUCAAACAUGUUCACCGCUAGCGCGAGUGUUGCCCUAUUCGGGCUCACAGUGUUCUACAGCGUCGCGAUAUUCGGCCUCUACCUCUCAGACACAUUCCACUUCGACCGGCGACCGGCGCAGCCAGUACCUGCCAACUGAAAAUACACCUUAACACUGAAGUACGAGGCACAUUAUUCUCAGUCGCAGAUCUAUGAAGAACUUGGUGUGUGCUAUUUUGGUUUAUCAAUAAAUUGAACACUUCAAACUGUAUUUAUGAUCUAAGCAAGGUAACGCGAGUCAAAAUUGGUUAUAUUGUAAAAGCUUCGUUUGUUUGAUAAAUGUAUUUAGUGAGUUAGACAAGCUCGUACACUUGAGCUUAAAACAGAUAUUAACGGAAUGAGUUCAGGAAGCCAAGUUAGUUUUCUCUUGUAUUCAUUUAUAAAAAUAUGCUGUUGUGUAAUAAUCAAUUAUAAUCAAAAUCAUUUAUUCAGUUUAGGCUGUUACAAGUACUCAUGAAUGUCUAGAAGCUACGC